ACGGAAGAAGAGGAAAGUGUGGGUGAAACCGUGGGUAGGAAGACGUACUGAAUAUGGUGCAUCACAUACAUUACUGAAAGAGCUGAAGAACGAAGACAAUGCAGCCUAUAGAAAUAUGUUAAGAAUUACAGGUGAACAGUUUGAUGAGCUACUGGAAAUGGUUCGCGGAAAGUUGUCAAAGCAGGACACGACAAUGAGAAUGGCGAUUCCAGUAACCACAAAAUUAGAAAUAACAUUACGAUAUUUAGCGACUGGUGAUUCGUUUAAAUCUUUGGAGUACCUGAUUCGAGUUCCAGAAACAACAAUAUCCAGGUUCUUACCACAUGUACUUACGGAUAUUUGUUGCGUGCUUCGUCCAUUUAUUAAUGUACCCACAACUGUUGAAGAGUGGAAAAAAAUUGAAAAGGUUUUCCUCCAACGUUGGAAUUUCCCUAGAUGCUGUGGAGCGAUUGAUGGUAAACAUGUUCUUAUUAAAAGACCUCCAGGUUCAGGUUCAGUAUACUACAACUAUAAGAAAACCUACAGCAUCAUACUAUUUGCUAUGGUGGAUGCUGAUUAUUGCUUCACUUACGUUGAUGUAGGAGGAAAUGGAAGAGCCAAUGACAGUGCAGUGUUCAGAAAUAGUUCUCUGAACAUUGCAAUGGAAAAUAAAACAAUUGGGUUUCCUGAGGACCAUGUUAUUAUCGGAGAUGAUGCUUUCCCUCUUAGACCCGAUCUUAUGAAGCCUUUCAGUAAACAUGGAUGA